GCUAUCUUGGGUUGCGGAUCCGGAAGCAGGAAGUAGCCUGUGUUCUCAGGACCUGGCAACUGGCUGACUGGGGGAGCCUGGAGGCUGAAGGCUGGAGCUGAGAUGGCCUUGGCAGAAGACCUGGAGAAGGAGCUGGAGACCACGGCCCAGGAAGUGCUGGGGAAACUGAGGAGCGGUCAGCUGUUCCAGUCCAGGUGGGAUACUGCUGCCUUCAUCAUCUUUCUCAUCUUCCUUGGCACUGUGUUGCUGCUGCUGCUGCUUGUUUGCAUCCACUGCUGCUGCUAUAGCUGCUGCAGCCGCCGCACCUCCAGAUCCCAGAAGGUGAGCCCCGAUCAGGAACACCGCAGGGGUGUGGAUAACUUGGCCCUGGAACCUUAACACACCGAGCCCCCCAGCCCCUCUGCCCAUGUGUCCUGCUGGGCAACAGGAACAAUGCCUUGUUUGUCCAGAACCUGAGUCUGGAGUGUGUUCUGAGCCUCCCGUCAAGGGGUGGGCAGUUGGGAACUCACUGCUUUAUCCAGAUGCCCACCUGCUCCCUCACAGCUUUCAGCCUACACGACGGCCACCAGACCCUGAGUCACCAGCGACUGCCCAUGGGAGGGGAAGCUGGGGCCCAACUCAGGGGCCGGGACCCCCAGGCAGAACCCUUGUUCCCAUCCCACUCAGCCCCUUGGCAGCCCGGAGGACCCCCUCAAAGGUGGUGUGGGGAG